AUCUGUUUGUAAACUUCCAGUUUUCCACGUAAAAUCCAUCCCUGGGUUUUGCGCUGUCCCUGAGCGUGUCCAAGGCCAGGCUGGACAGGGCUGGUGUGGAACGGGACGGGCUUUCAGGUCCUUAACAACCCGAACCGUUCCAGAAUUCGCUGAAAUUCGAGGGGCCAAAAGGUCCCUCAGGAGGAGGUGGAAUCGCAUGGAAACCCCCGGUGUGGGUGAGCCGCUGGAUCUCCGAGUGUUUCCACGUGCAUCCCGAGCGGAAUCCCGGCUGCUGCAGUGCCAGGGAGCUCUAAUUAAUCUCCUUCCUUGGAAUUCUCCCGGGGCCGCUUCAGCCACCCAAAACCAGCUCGGGGCAGAGCUCCGGUCGACGUGAGUGUUCCCUGGCAGAGCUCAGGAAAGAAGAGCCGGAGUUUUCCGUGUGCGGGGUGACACUCAGGAGGGAAAAGUGGCUGGGAAAGAAGAGCUGCAGUGCCCUGGGAGAUGCAGGCAGCAUUCCCACAUCUCCAGCGGCAGGACAAGGCUUCCAACUGCUAGAGAGCAGGGUUAAGUGAGAUAUUGGGGCAAAAAUUCCUCCUCAGAGGGCGGUGAGGCACUGGGAUGGAUUUUCCAGAGGAUGCCCCAUCCCUGGAGGUGUCCAAGGCCAGGUUGGACAGGGUUUGGAGCAGCCUGGGAUAGCUGGAGGUUGCACAUGGCAGGGGGGGAGGCUGAAUGAGCCUCAAGGUCCCUUCCAACCCAAACCAUUCCAUGAUUCUGUGACCUCCACGUGUCUGGCUGGAGGGACUGGAGGCAGUAGCACUUCCUGAGGUUUUGUUUUGUCAGGAAUUUGGUCUGAGGACAGCGUUAUGGGGACCGGUGGUUUUCGGUCCCUUGUCCCCAGCCAGGCUUUUACUUUUGUUCUCAAACCCUAAGCAGUGGAGGUGCUUCAUCUUAACAUGAGUGAAAGUGAGAGAGUGAUCAAGCUGGAGCUUUUUGGUGUGAUUUCUGUAGAUUUCAUCAUCCUGAAACUGCAGCGCUGCUGCAUCUGUGUAGAAUUGUCUAAAAUCUAAAAUGAGGCGCUUUUUUUAAUGAAAAACACACCUUUCCAGGGUCUCUAAAUGAAAGGAAAAGUCACUUUGUAAAACAGGUUUUAUUGCUGUCUGGGAGGGGAAAAUCUGGUUGAGGAUCUGACUCCUGCAGCGUCCUCGAGCUGGGGGAGCUGUCAGGAUCCUUCCAGGAGACAAAGAUGGGAUUCCAUAGGCACAGGAUACAGACAGAGAACACGAGAACAGGUUUGGAAACUUCCUCAGAGCCACAGAUGGGGAGAUUUGAGAUUCCACUGGCGAGUUCAGCGUGUCAGAAGCUGCUGCUGCUGUGCCAGAGACCAGGAUAUAUCCAGGGAUAUCCAAUAGAGCCCCCGUGGAUCAGGCAGAGCCUUGAGGGCUCUGCAGUGAAACUGAGCCUCCACAUUGCCCAUCAGUGCUGCUGGGAAGCUUCUAGAACCUGUUCCACAGUGCUGGAAUAACGAUUGCCAUUGGAAUGUGGGGACUGGAAGAGCCAGAGGAGCCGUGGGGGUGGCCGUGGCUGCUCAGGAAGUCCCCAAAACACAGGUGGACAGGACAGAGGAAAUCCUCACUGGAAUGGAGCACUGGGAACCACCCAGGAUGGAGCACGUUUAAAUUCCCUUUUUCCAAAUCCCAGGGGGGUGCUGGAUAACCAAAACACCCUUGGCACGAGGCUGAGCUCCCUGGGGAUUCGGGUAACAGGUGGUGGGUCAGUGCCUGUGAGAGGAGAUUUUCCGUGGGUGUGUGGGAACACUGGGAGCACGUGCACGGCUCCCCACGGGCUGCUGCUGUGUGGGGUUUGUCUCCUGGGAAUCUCCGUGUGGGCAGGAGACAAAAAGCAGCUGCGGCUUCCGCCUCAUCCCAACUCUCCGGCGGGUCCUGCGUUACUGGUUGGAACGGGUGAGUCCUGACUGGAGCUCACAGGGAGGUUUCCCUCCUCCCUUUGGGAGGUUGAGAUUGGAAAAGCAGAUAAAAGGAGGAGAGGCAGCUCCAGCGCAUUCCAAGCACACUUGGGGUGGAUUCCCAGGAAAGCAGCGCAGGUUUAGGUUCAGAAACGCGGAUUUUGGCCAAGUAAAACUUAUCUGGGAUCUUGCUGCUCUGCAGCUCGAUGUGUGUGUGUGUUGCCUUGAGCUGAGUGGGAUUUCUGGAAGCACUGGGAGUUUUGUUGGUGCCUCAAAUCCCCAAUCCUGGCGGAGAUGCCGAGGUCAGGGCCGGCAGCCGGGACGCGUGCGGCUCCCUGGGAAGGCUGGAGAUGUCUCCAUUGACAUUGAGAACUGGGAAGUGUUAACUCCAUUCAGCCCCUGCGUCAUCCAGGCAGGGACACUGAGAUUUCUGUUGGAUAAUGGGGCUGGAGCGACGUUCCAAGUGCCCCACGCUGGGGGGUUUUGUCUCCCAGCACAGAGGGAACAGAGCAGGGCAUUUCUCAUCUUCCUUUCCUCUUGAGAGUCUUUCAUUCCCCGUUAAAAGAGAAAAUCUGUGUCCAAGAAGGGUUUAAAAAUACCACAGUAAGAAAAUUGCUGCUCUGCUGCUGCACUUCACCUGAAUAAGGUGAUAAUUAAUAUUCCCUGAAAUGCUGCUAUGGGGAAUGAGGGGAAGCAUCAGGUUUUCACCCCUGGAACAGCUGAAACUCAAGGCUGAAUUCAGAAUCCACUUGUUUUUAUGCUCUUGGAAAUUAAAUCCUUGGACAUUGGUCUCUGCUCAGGUGUUGUGGCACCUACAGGAGGCUGUCCAAAGCAUCGUGGCCAUUCUGCUGCCUUUCCCUGAGCUGGCACCAGUUUGUCCAGGACUGUGGCACUGGGGGAGCUCAGAGGUGACUGGUUUGGGGUUCAGCUGGAGCUGGGCUGUGCCAUGGUUGGGUUCAUCCCUAGGAAAUGUGAAUGGGAGCAGUAGGAGCCUUCGGGUGAGUCCCUUUACUAAAUGUGCCACAGCUCAGUGCCAACAAUUAAUUGAUGGUCAGGUGAGUCAAAAUCUUGAUGUGGAAGUUUAGCAAAGGAUUCCUUAAUAAACACCUUAAUAAAGGACACCAACAAUUAAUUGAUGAUCAGGUGAGUCAAGAUCUUGAUGUGGAAGUUUAGUGAGGGGCACCUUAAUAAAUGGUCUGGAAGGUUAUUUUUUGGUCAGAUACUGGCUGAGAGAGCAGCACCAAGGGCCUCACCUUGGUGAGCUGGCAGCUGCUGUCACAGGCCAUGUCACAUCAGCUUUCCUGGUUUAGAUCCUUGUCCAGAGCCUUCCACCCCAUCCCACUGCACAUCUCUGCAGGGGCAUCAGCUGGGAAAAAUUCCUCCCUGUGAGGCUGGGGAGGCACAGGAAUGGCAGAUAAAGGGGGUUAAAGAGGAGAUUAAGAUGGGCUGUUGGGAUGAAACACCUCCCUGCGAGGCUGGUGAAGCCCUGGAAUGGAUUUCCCAGAGGAUUCCCCAUCCCUGGACGUGUCCAAGGCUAGUUGUUCCAACCUGGGCUAGUGAAAGGUGUCCCUGCCGGGGCAGGGGUGGCACUGGCUGAACUUUAAGGUGCUUCCCAACCAUUCCAUGAUUCCCUGAGCUCGGGAAGACAAACGAGGGUGAGGAGCAGCUGUGGCCUCUGUGCCUUAGCAACAGCCCUGCCGGGAGACUGUUUGGUUCUCCUGGAAUGCAGGCGGUCCCUGGGCUCGGCCUCAGUUGCCAGGGGAGGACUGGAAGGGGGGAGGAGGUGUCCCAGCCCAGCCAGGUCGUUUUCCCCGCUCCACAGAGCACAGAGAGUUGCAGGUGAGUUCUCAGGGUGGAACUGCAAACACAGGAGCUGGUCCAGAGCUCUGUGGCUUUCCCAGCUCCCCUGGGCACACUGUUGCUUUUGGAGAUGGUUGUGCAGAGGCAGAAGAAUUCCAUGGGAGUCCCAGUGCAGCCUGCCUCUGCAAAGUGGUACGACCGGAGGGACUACGUCUUCAUCGAGUUCUGUGUUGAAGACAGCAAAGACGUAAAUGUAAAUUUUGAAAAGUCCAAACUCACGUUCAGCUGUCUUGGAGGAGGCGAUAACUUCAAACAUUUAAAUGAAAUCGAUCUUUUUAAUAAUAUCGAUCCAAAUGAAUCAAAGCAUAAAAGAACAGACAGAUCCAUCUUGUGUUGUUUACGAAAAGGAGAGUCUGGUCAGGCAUGGCCAAGGUUAACAAAAGAGAGGGCAAAGCUCAACUGGCUCAGCGUGGACUUCAACAACUGGAAAGACUGGGAAGAUGAUUCAGAUGAAGACAUGUCCAAUUUCGAUCGCUUUUCUGAGAUGAUGAACAACAUGGGAGGAGACGACGACGUAGACUUGCCAGAAGUAGAUGGGGCAGAUGAUGACUCACCAGACAGUGAUGAUGAAAAAAUGCCGGAUCUGGAGUAAGGCAAACCGUCGUCUUCAGGGUUUUGGGGAAAGAAGUUCAUCACAACAUUUCAUAAUUGAGAUAAGAAUUCCUGAGUUGAUAGCCCUAAAGGGAGAUCCUGCAUCCUUUAACCCAUUUUCAGUCCAUUUUAAAUGGCUUCACUGAUGGUAGGUGUGUCCCAUGGCACGGGGCGGUCUUAAAAGCCACGAGAGGCAAUAAUGUUAUGCAUGAACCGUUUUCCAGACUUCCAAAAAACAACAAAAAAAACCACCAAACCAACCCAAUUGAGGUGUAGGCAAUCCGUUCAGAACAGUUGCAAUAAAGUUUACAGAGCCUCCUUGCCUCGUAGCAGAUGUAAUUAUAAUGGGAGAACCCUGAAUUAACACUGAGUGGUAAAAGAGCAUUUUUUUCCCCCUCUCUCCACGGCCUGAAAUUGUUUUUACCGGGAACAAAAAACUGUUGUCAUUGGCUCCCCAAAUUCAGCAGGCGAGGCGCAUCCCUCUGUGGUGUCUUCAGGUCUGUUCCACUAAAAGUUUGUAUUUGCAAAAGGAAACUUUAAAAAACAAAAAAAUUCUCCUCGUUUUUGGUGUUCGCCCCCGAGCCCCCCGAGCGGUGGCGGUGGCCGGAGCCUGCCCCUGGUCCCGUGUGACCCCCAAACCUUUUCCACCUCCUCGCCCGGGGUGCGAGUGUGGCUGUACAUUGUUGCUUGUCAAUCUGUACAUUUAGACCAAAUCGUAUUUGCACUGUGGGUUUGGCAGCAAGUGACAGACCGUGGGGCGCGCGGGCGCCUGCGAACCGGGCUGAAAAACCUCAAUUUAUGUUCAGAGCAGCUGGGAUUUUUUUAAUGUCUGCAUUCUUUCUAAUAAACUGUUGAAGACUC